AGCCCUGCGGGCACUGCUGACGUGGUGCCAGGGACCGGGCUCAUUUCGGAGGGGAGACGAGCGGGGAGAGGCUGGCGGUGCUGCGGCUGCAACGGCCACCGCCCGCUCCUGCAGCAGCCUCCUUCCCUCCGCCCGCACCGGGCCUGGCUCUCCCCUGCCCGCCCCCGGGGAGAGGGAUGGCGGGGGGCGAGGGGGCUUCCCGCCUGCUCGGGGCACUGUGCCUCACCGCCGCCGCCUGCCUGCACCUGGUGGACGGCCGGGACCCCGCAGCAGAGUGGACCCUGGAGAAGUAUUCUCACCAACCAAGAAUUUUACAUUCUGAUGCCAUUCAAAAAGUCACAGCAAACACAGAUGUUUCUGAAAUGUGGGAGAAUGAUUUGCGCCCUAUCCUGAUAGAAAGAUACUCAGGAUCACAAGGAAAUUAUGUUGUACGACAGCACAUCAAGCACCGUCUUCAAAAAUUACAGGCUGGUUGGGAAAUUGAAGAAGAUACAUUUCAGAGAUACACACCAUAUGGAUAUCAAACAUUUUCAAAUAUUAUCAGCACUCUCAACCCCUCUGCAAAACGCCAUCUAGUACUUGCUUGCCACUAUGACUCGAAAUUCUUUGGACAACAAUGGGAUGAGAGAGUGUUUGUAGGAGCAACUGAUUCAGCCGUGCCUUGUGCUAUGAUACUGGAGCUGGCACGUGCCCUGGAUAACAGGCUCCAGUUAAUCAAGACCAGCUCAACAUCAAGACCAGACCUUUCACUUCAGCUCAUUUUUUUUGAUGGUGAAGAAGCUUUUGUCCGGUGGUCCCCUUCCGAUUCCCUCUAUGGAUCGCAACAUUUAGCUCAAAAAAUGGCAUCCACUCCACAUCCACCUGGUUCAACAACCACAAACCAGCUACAGGGCAUAGACCUGCUUGUACUACUGGAUUUAAUUGGUGCACCAAACCCAAUCUUUCCCAAUUAUUUUCCAAACACUAUCCGAUGGUUUCAGAGGCUUCAAGCAAUCGAGCAGGAGCUACACAACAUGAAUCUUUUGAAGAAUCACCUUGUUGAACAGCAGUAUUUCCGGACUAAUUUACAUCGUGGCUUGGUUGAAGAUGACCACGUUCCAUUUUUGUUAAGAGGGGUUCCAGUCCUACAUCUGAUUCCAUCCCCUUUUCCUGCAGUAUGGCAUACCAUGGAGGACACAGAAGAAAACCUUGACAAAACCACUAUCGACAAUCUCAGCAAAAUCCUGCAAGUGUUUGUACUGGAAUAUCUAAACCUGUGAUAGAUAAAAUGUACAAAUCGUACUCCAUUCUAAAUAGUGUUUGCCCACCUUCACAUUUGCUAUUUAAUUGCACCGGAGAGCACUAAAGCAAAGCAAAAUAUAGUGAUAGCUCUUGCCAGACCGAUUAUUGAUUCAGCUGUUCCUGGCCCAAUGUCCCAUGUAGCCAAAUAAGAUAGCAUUAAAUAAUAAUUAGUUUCAGCCUGGAAAGAAUUUGAUCUUUCCAUGUCUUACCUCUGAAUAAAAAAACCCUAGAAUUUUUCCAGAUUGUUAUCUCCGUUUUAUGUCACAUAUUAAGAUCCCAGAAGGAAAUGCCUCCCAACAUAAGUGUUAACUACAGUUUUUACAAGGUCUGACCAACUUCUGCAGUGUUCAGCAAUGGAAGUUUAUAACACAUUAUCAAAACAGGCAAAAAUUACACUAAAACAAGCAUCUACUUCAGGUUGCACUAAACUACCUCAUCCUGAAAUGAGCUGCUGGAACUCCUGACGCACAGAAAGGUUUUUUAAUCCUCUCUGCUCCCUCUCCUCCUUCCCUUACAAGGAGUGCUGCAAGGGCUCUUGUCCACAGACAGCAAGCCACCAGGAAACAGAGAAAUAACCCAAAUUCAAUUUUUUUCCUGUCGUUUGUUGGAUACUUUUUGACGGAGAAGGGUGGUGGGGAGUGAUGCUAAGAGGAAGGUAUGUGGGAGUUCCCUUUGUGAUUUGACUGCAACAUAGGAGAUAUAUACAGAGGAGAAGGUGGUGCAUGGGAGCAAUGCCCCAGCACACACCAUCCAUCCAUGUGAGAAUCACUGAAAAUUUGACACAAAAUAAAAUAAAAACCCCUGCUGUUUUUAGUACAGAUUACAACAGAACUAAUCAUACUAGGCAAGUGAUCACUUUAGAAACUAUAGUUUUAUAUAAAUCUAAUUUUAAAGGCAAAGUGCUAUCUAUCGAGAGUAAAAUAAAUAUGAGAGUCAGAAGCAAGAUGACAAUUUAAGCACCAAAAAGCAAGGUCAAGCCACAGCCUGUAUCAGAAAAAAAUACUCAUCAGUUUAACAACCCUGUGCUUUUACACUCCUUACUAGAAUUCAAUAAAUUUAGUAUAACACUCAGGCAAAAAUCUAGCCUGGAAUGAAAUGAAUAGGAGAAACCAAAAGAAGGUAUCUCCAGAAUUAGGUUGCCACUGGUGAGAAAAAGAUGAGAGCAUGUGAAGAAAAGAAAAUAAUUAAAAAUUAAGCUGGUAGAGGAUGAACUAGGAAAAAAAAAAACAAGCCAGUAUUUUACUGCUCCGAACUUCUUCCAUUAGGAAGAUCUAUCCUGGGCAAAGAGAUUUAAAAAAAAAAAAAAAAACAGCUAUGAAGCUGGAGACGUAUCAGGUUUGGCCUGUAUUUUAACAGUUUUCUAAAGUAAACAUUUCUGAACCUAAGACAAUAUUUACAUACAUAUUUUAGUGUCACAAUAGAAAUAGGUAUUUACAGCAAUGCAAAAUUGUAAGAUUUUACUGUUACAGGACAGCCUGAAAAUGAAAUUCAAUCUAGUUUUGUUGCUCAAGAUGAACCAAAAGCAUUUUUUUUCCCCAUCACUUCCAACAUUUGUGAGAAAUGUUUCUAUUUUGCAUGCAACUUCUGAAAUAGAAUGCAAUGAAAAUUCUAAAAA